AUGUCAGAUCCAGUAGUCGAUUUUAACUUCAGAGCAUAUCGCUUUAAACGCAAGAAAUACAGUUUUUUCGCGGACACAGAGGCCAGACAUUGGUCAUUUAAUCGUUUCUACUCUUUUGCUAUUCAAUCUGGAGACGCGCCAAAAACAUUUAAUGAAAUUUUUGAUAAGUGGACCGCCAGCCUGAAAUUUAUUGAAAGGCAAAAAAAUGUCCCAAAAUCAAUCGUGAACUUUGUAGGAAAUCUAAUUGAAUUCAAUGAGUCUAAGGAAUUUGGGUGCUUGCAGGAUGCUUGCGAGCAGAAUUUCCGUGCUCACGUCCUUGCAACACUUUCAAGCGGGUCAGUGACGAAGAGCGAAAUGGCACAAGGUUACAUGAUACAAGCAAAUGAAAUCUUAACCGGUGCA